CCCCCCCCCCCCCCCAAAACGAAAUUACAGCUGAAGUUUGCUGUGACCUGAAAAAAAAAUGUAGAAGUUGGCUUAAGAGUUGAUCUCAGGACUGACAGGACAACUAAAAUGGAAAAAGUCUUAUCUUAAUGGCACAUGUUAGUUGAGUAAUUGACCCUAGUAACAUAAAUAAGGAAGACUACUAAUCCAGGUCUCCUCAGAUUAGAUUACAGCACUUAAUAUACUAAAAUACCUGUGAAGUUUACAGCUACUGCCAACCAAUUUCAUCUUACCUGCCACAUAUUUGCCUGCAAUGCAGGAUUAGCCUGCAUUCUGAAACAUAUAUUGCCUGAUGGCUGCAAUGUAGCCUGAAUUCUGAAACUAGUCAACUGCAACCACCAAAUUCCUGCAUCUUUGUGCAUGCACACUAUAUAAGCUGGAGCUAAGCAGCUUCAUCUCCCAGCUAGUUGCAAAGCUAAUCCUGAUUAUUACUGGCUAACACAAUGGAAUAUGCAGGUUGCACUUGCACUCAAGCUGCCACUGCCAUCUUUCUCUUCUUGCUUUCUUUGCCGUUGGCUGCUUCCGAUGACCGGCUUGCCGUCGGCAAGACGCUCUCCCCUGGCGCCACCCUCGUCUCCGAUGGCGGCGCCUUCGCCAUGGGCUUCUUCUCGCCGUCCAACUCAUCUGGACUGUACCUUGGCAUAUGGUACAACAAUGUCCCCAAGCUCACCGUGGUGUGGGUCGCCGACCAGCUCGCCCCCAUCACCGACCACCCUUCUUCUUCCAAGCUCGCCAUGGCCGACGACAGCAGCAACCUGGUCUUGUCCGACGCGGCCGGCCGUGUUCUUUGGAGGACUAAUGUCACCGCCGGCGGCGUGAACUCGUCGGGUGCCGUGGCGGUGCUCGUGAACUCCGGCAACCUCGUGCUACGGUUGCCCGACGACACCGCCCUGUGGCAGACGUUCGAGCACCCCAGCGACGUGUUCAUGGCCGGCAUGAAGCUCGGCAUCGACUACCGGUCGCACUCCGGCAUGCGGAUCGUCUCCUGGAAGGGCGCCGGCGACCCGUCGCCGGGGAGCUUCUCGUUCGGCGUCGACCCGGAGAGGCCGCUGCAGGCGAAGAUCUGGAAUGGGUCGCGCGUGCACUGGCGCAGCUCGAUGUGGACGGGUUACAUGGUGGACAGCAACUACCAGAAGGGCGGCUCGUCGGCGAUCUACACCGCCGUCGUCUACACCGACGACGAGAUCUACGCCUCCUUCACCCUCUCCGCCGGAGCGCCGCCGAUGCACUACCUCAUGUCCUACUCCGGCGACCUCCACCUGCAGAGCUGGAGCAACGUGUCGUCGGCGUGGGUCACCAACGCCAGGUUCCCUCGCCGCGACUGCAGCCUCUUCGGCUACUGCGGCGCGUUCGGCUACUGCGGCAACAGCACCGGCGGCGGCGGCGGCGCCGGCGGCGGCGUCUCGACGUGCCACUGCCUCGAAGGGUUCGAGCCGGCGAGCGGCGCCGACUGGAGCCGCGGCGACUUCUCGCUGGGGUGUCGCCGGAAGGAGGCGGCGCGCUGCGGCGACGGGUUCGCGGAGUUCCCGGACAUGAAGCUGCCCGACGGGUACGCGCUCGUCGGGAACAUGAACGCCGGCGAGUGCGCGGCGGCGUGCCGCCGCAACUGCUCCUGCGUGGCGUACGCCUACGCCGACCUGAGCAGGAGCACGAGGAGAGAUCCGACCAGGUGUUUGAUGUGGGGCGGCGAGCUGCUCGACAUGGAGAAGGUGAACGAGAGCUGGGGUGACUUAGGCGAGACGCUGUACCUCCGAAUGGCAGGUGCAGGUAGGGGGUCAAAAAGAAGUGCAGUGAAAUUUGCACUUCCAAUAGUGUUGGCAAGUAUUCUUAUACCCACAUGCAUCCUCAUAUGUGUUCCCAAGUUCAAAGAAAUGAUCGUCAAACAUGAUGGGAAGAACAACAAGAAGCGAGCCUUGAGAGUAUUGAGUGUCUCUGAUGAAUUUGGGAAAGAAAUCCCUGCCCAAGAUCUUGAUUUUCCGUUUGUAGAAUAUAACGAGAUUGCCACUGCAACAGAAAAUUUUUCUGACGCAGCUAUGAAUGGAAAAGGAGGUUUUGGCAAAGUAUAUAAGGGAGUGAUAGGUGGUCGUGAAGUUGCUAUCAAAAGACUUAGCAGGUGUUCUGAACAAGGAGUAGUGGAAUUCAGAAAUGAGGUGCUCCUAAUUGCCAAAUUACAGCACAGAAACCUUGUUCGACUUGUCGGUUGCAGCAUCGAAGGAGAUGAGAAGUUGCUGAUUUAUGAGUUUAUGGCCAAUAAGAGCUUAGAUGCUUCUCUUUUCAAUAGUGAAAGAAAAUCAUCAUUGAACUGGUCCACACGGUUCAAGAUUAUAAAAGGGGUUGCCCGGGGCCUGCUUUACCUCCAUCAAGAUUCAAGAUUAACAGUAAUCCAUAGAGAUCUCAAGGCAAGCAACAUUUUGCUGGAUGCAGAAAUGAACCCAAAGAUAUCAGAUUUUGGCAUGGCAAGGAUCUUUGGGGACAACCAGCAAAAUGGAAUUACUAGGAGAGUCGUCGGAACAUAUGGCUACAUGGCUCCUGAAUAUGCUAUGGGAGGUAUCUUUUCUAUGAAGUCCGAUGUCUAUAGCUUUGGUGUGCUGCUUUUGGAGAUCGUAAGCGGUUCUAGGAUAAGCUCUACUGAUUUCAUUGAGGACUUCCCAAAUCUUUCAAUAUAUGCGUGGAACCUAUGGAAUGAAGGGAAGGCAAAAAACAUGAUUGACCCAUCUAUUGUGGCAAGUUGCCUAUUAGAUGAGGUCAUGCUAUGCAUCCAUGUUGGACUCUUGUGCGUUCAGGAAAAUCUAAAUGAUAGGCCACUCAUGUCAUCUGUUAUGCUUAUUUUGGAGAAUGGAAGCAAUUCACUUCCAGCCCCAAAUAGACCUGCUUACUUUGCGCAAAGGGAUAUCGAAAUGGAGCAACCAAGAGAUGACACUCAGAACUCAAACAACACAGUCACUCUUACAGUUAUGGAGGGGCGAUAGAGUACUAAGAGGUGGUCAAAUGGGCUCGAUUACGUCAACAGCAUUCAAGAAGUUGGUAGUGUUAGGUACUUCAGUGAUGUCUUCAUGUGAAAGACCUGCAGGAGUGCCCAGUGCAAAGAUCCCAAUAAGAAAGACACUCCUCAACAUCAACUGUUUUCAAUAUGGCUCAACAUUCAUUGAAUUUGAGAUCAGAAGACAUGAGUCUUGAUAAUUGACGGUUUGAUAUGUAUUGUUGUCACAGAAUGUGUCACUUUUGGAGAGAAGAUAGAAAUUGGGGAUUUCAACUAUUGCAAUUGACUUAGCUCAAAGAGCAUAUAAAUAUGUACAAGAGAAGUAGAAAUGUCUAUAAUACCCUCAAUACUCUUAACACCCCCACUCAAAUGCAAUGUGUAUGCAAUAACAUUGCAUUUGAAAGGUAAACUAAACACUAGAACACAAUCCAAAUAUUAGCCUAUCUCCAAAGCCUUGAUGAUGUCGUCGAAGUGUGCCAAUUCUAGGAUGAUGAAGAAGAAAAGAUGUAUCCCCUUCUCAAUGAACUGGACCUUGGAGCCUUCACAAACUGUUCUUCGGCUCUUCAUUGAUUCGGAGAUGUUGAUGAUGAUGAUGAUGAUGACAAUGGACCUUCACAAACUGUUCUUCGGUCCUUUGACUGAUGAUGAGACAUUGAUGUUGAUGAAGGCCCUUCACAAACUGUUCUUCGGACCUUCACUGAGUGAUGAUGAUCAUGUUGACAAGCUCCGACAUGGAGAUGAUGAAGUGACAAUGAAGGCCAGCUCCGACGGGGAACUGGUGAUGAUUAAAGCCAACUCUGACAGCGAGUUGGUGAUGUAGAA